GCACAAGCAACAGGUCGAGUGGAGAAAUAUCAUUUGGAGGUGGUAGUGCCAGCAUGGCAGCCAGGUUCCUCCCAGACACCCUCUGAGGAUGCUGCCCUCCACACUGCACUCUGCACCUUACUCAGCACACUACAAGAAAUAGUUGACCAUUGCAGCUCUACAGAAGUAAAUGAAAUUAACCAAGAAGGAAAAUCAUACACUUCACAACAUGAGUCAAGUGGCACAGAUGCUUGUCACAGUGCACAACAUCUGUAUGACAGUGAAGUGCAAGAUGAAAAUCAUGUUUCCCUUGUGUCUGAUCACCAACAUGUGAAUUUAAUGGAGGAGUAUAUCAUGAAGCACCUGCCUGGUGAACACCAUAAUGACCAGAUGGUGAAGAGGUUACCACCCCAGCAGCCAACUACAAAGGAAACAGAAGCAGCUAAUGUCCUUAUGAAUUUGUCAGGCAAAGCAGCAGACAGAACGAGUCACACAAGAUUGGGUUCAAGUCUUCCUUCUCACCAGGAGUUCAUCAUUCCUGAUGUGGGUAAACCUUCUUUAUAUUUAUUACCGCCUGGAACAUCCUAUUCUAAAUUUGACUCUGGUAUUAAGAGAGAGUACCCUCUUUGUGAUGAAGUUCCACAGAUUAACGAAAAAGACUUACUACCUCUGGCAACUCAGGUACUGUGCCAGUUUUGUUCAAGACAGUGUGAAGACUUGGUGGAACUUCAUGAGCAUGUUUUAGCCAUGCACAAUAUACCUGAACCUGAAACACCAUUAAUGCCUUCUUACAAAAGGGUGAAGAAUCACUCUGAAGAUGAAGACCUCAAGCACUUUGUUGAUGGAAAAAGACAAAAACAAGACAUUGAAAACCACGCCAAAGAAUGUGCCAAAGAUUCCUCUCCACUGAUGUGCACAAACACUUUAUCAGAAGCACAGGAGUCUAGUAAUAAACAAUAUAUGGAAGAAAAGAAAUUAAAGAGAAAACCAAAAUUGAAAAAAGGGGAUAAAAAAGAUGGUAGUUGGAGCAGUGAAGACCAGUCUGAUCCUUCUAAGGUGGUAAAUAGUGAUCUUAACAAAAAUUGUAUAAUGGAAUUUGGAAACACACCACCAUCACCUAAAGAAAAUACUCUUGGAUCAGAGUUAGACACAUACUGUCCACAGGAACAGAUUCUUCACAAAAACCUAACACAAGUGAAGAGUGAUAGUUUGUAUGAUAAAGAUGAGACUUGGCUAAAACGUCACACAGCUGAAAGUAUAACUGAACUUACUCCAGUGGGAAGUGAUGCUCUAGCAAUAGCCAUUGAGUCCUCACAGAUCAGAGUUAUUGAAGCAAAAGUAACUAUCUUUGUGUGUAUCAAAUGUAGCUGUGGGUUCACCGACAAUCAAGAAUUUACGGACCACAUCUGUCACUCAAGUCAACCAUUUGUACGGAGUUAUCCCGAUGGAUCAGUGGCCCUAGUGAAUGACAAUAACCUUUGUGAGGAUCAUUUACAGUUGCCAGAUAAUAAUGUUUGGUACUUCCCAGAAUUUUUCAUCAGGCGGCCAGGAAAGGAAGAGGAAAAGACCGAUGGUAGCGACUUGCAUAUCAUUCACAGCUCAUCAGGAAGAAGAUUGCAUCUGUUGACAACCUACCAACCUGCUUAUCUCAGUGAGCGACUUAUUUGCUUCAGGUGUCCCACAUGUGAGAAUGACUGUGAUAGUUUGGGGAGGUUCCUUGAACAUCUCACCAAAGGCCCAUGCAUGUUCCGCUGUCCUGAGUGCAACUUGGUAUACAGUACUCAAGAGAAGCUCCAGAAGCACAGAGCUUCAUUGCAUCCCACCUUAGAGGACCGUACGUGCCCAAACUGCCAUAUGGUUUUUGAGAAAAGGCAUCAGCGAAAUAAGCACCUUAAGACUAAGUGCUCCCAUCAGCACAGCUGUGUCAUCUGUGGGGGAGUCCUCAAAAAUGAGUACAAUCUAAGAGUUCACAUGCAGUCUCAUGAGGAGAAGAAUCAUGUGUGCAGUGAAUGUGGUGCAGCCUUCCACCGUCGUGCAAUCCUCACACGACAUAUGAUGCGACACUCAGGAAAUAAACCCCAUUCUUGCUCUCUAUGUGGUGCCAAGUUCUACACACGACAACAUUUAAAAACGCACAUGGAUCGACAUAAUGGCUUCAGACGGUUUUCGUGCAAUUCAUGCAAUAAAGCUUACUACUCAAAGCAUGACAGAGACACACACUACUCCAAAGUACAUUGCAAAACUGUAGGUGGACAAAAAUGUGUAAAUGAACAUUUAAUUGAGUGAAUUUAUAGAAGAAAAAAUAAGUUUUAUAAUCACCAGUACAGUAUUUAAAUUCAAAUUUGAAUCUAGCAUAUAUUUAUAUUGUCUCACAGGGAAACAUUGUAGUGAUGGGUUUUAUUGUCAGUGAAAUGAUACAACUGAUUUUCUGAUAAAAUCAUUAUACUGUACCAUAAUCUCAUUCACAUACUGUAGUUGGAAGAUCUUGCUUUUGUUUCACCAUGUCCACUCCUCCUCCUCCUCCUCCUCUGUCUUUGUUUGUUGUAGCUGAACUUUUGAUCAAAUUGUAAAUUUUUUGUAGUUUCCUAAAAAUUGGAAUCUUUUUGCAUUUCUUUGAGUCAAUCAUGGCUACUGACAUACUGUAUAAGCAUAGAUAUAGCAAGGAAUUGAUGUAGAAAACCUCCACAGUGUUCAUUAAUCCUGAGAUAAUGAAGUCCUCCUUUCUUCUAAUAUAAAGACCUGUUAUUGAUCUGUUAAUGGGUACAAGUACUGUACUAUAAGAAUCCCCAUUAGGGGGGAAUAUUGUUCUGGUACAGUACUGGUAUUCCCUGAUAAUUAAAGAUCCGGUUUACGAAAAUCUGAAGUUACAAAAAAAAAUUUACCCAUGUUUCUGCUAUGUAUAAAUAAUUUGAAAUUAUAAAAACACAUUUUUUGUCCAAUGUUUUGAUUUCUGUACAAAAAAGGCAUCGCGGGGCUUCCGGUACUGGACAAUUAAAUUAAAAACAAUCAACAGAACAGUAUUGCACUGUACUGUAUUAAGAGUGGUUAACUAAGCUAAAAAAAUAUAUAUACUUGUAGUGAUUUAAUUAUCAUGGCUCACAGGGUCAUUAAUGUGAAGCAGAGGCAAGACACCGACUCAGGAUUUUUCGACUGUGGUAAUGCUGAUGUGUUUAUUAGCUGAGAGUUUGAUCUGAUGUCAGCGAAAAGAAUAAACUGUUACAUGAAUAA